AUGAUCGUGAUCCAUAAUGAGAGGACAAGGUACAGAAGGCGGUGGCUGCCAAGGUUCAAGUGGGGGGCCCUCUUGUGUGCGAUGGUCCUGAUCUACGGCUCCCACGCGCCGCUCAUUGCGCUGAGCAAAGUCGAGGGCCGCCUCCCUUACGAUCCUUCUUCGUGCGUUGUUAUGAUUGAACUGGCCAAGCUGCUUGUGUCUUUGGCCACUCUCGUUACCACCGAGGGCACUUGGGCCUUACUCGCCCUUCCCUCUCCGUACCUUGUUGCCGCCUACGCCGUCCCUGCGACGCUCUAUGCCCUCAACAACAACCUGGUUGUCCUCAUGCAGGCUUACAUGGACCCCAGCUCUUUCCAGGUUCUCAGCAACCUAAAAAUUGCCACCACCGCGAUGCUCUACUCCCUGUGCCUGGGCAGGAAGCUGCGUUGGAGUCAGGUGUUCAGUCUGGGCCUCCUUAUGGUGGCAGGAGUGUGCCACAGCUACUCGAUAUUUGAUCCGGCAGAUGUGGACUCAGCGCAACGAGAAGCUCAGCUUCAUAUCACGGCGUGGGGGCUCUUCCUCAUGCUGGUGUACUGCUGCGUCUCCGGUCUGGCGGCUGUUUAUACAGAGAAGAUACUGAAAAGCCAGAAGCUGCCACUCAGCCUGCAAAAUUUCUACCUCUAUGUUUUUGGCGUGCUCAUUAAUGGGCUUGCCUCGUUCUCCGCCCUCACAAGCGACAAGAGUUUUCUGGAAGGAUACUCAUGGAGCGUUUGGGCCAUCGUAGCAGGACAGGCAGUUAACGGCCUCUUGAUGUCUGUGGUGUUGAAACACGGCAGCGGCAUCACGCGGCUCUUCAUCAUAUCCUGCUCUAUGUUGGUCAACGCUCUGAUUUCGUGGGCCAUUUUAGGGCUCCAACUCACUUUCUUCUUCCUAAUACCACUCUGCAUGGUGGCCCUCGCUACUUUUCUUUACUACACGUAG